AUGGGCAUGUCGGAAACGACUGGGCGCAUAAUUCGGCCGCUCGCAGGCAACGAGAUGGAUGAGAUUCUAAAGGAGCGCCUCGCCGCAGACGAGAAAUUACUGCGCCGCGUAGUCAAGCGCAUCUCGACGCUUGCACACACACAGUCCGACGAGGAGCGCACCGCUACAGAGAUCUUAUUGCAGAGCGACGUGCAGCUUUUUUUGCGCCAUCUGGAUCGCCUGCACCGCACUGCAGAGAUAACUGCAGAGCGCGAAAUCCAAGCAUACCAUACCGAGACAGAGCAGCUGCGCGCGGCAUGCACAGAAGAAUCCGCUGCGAUAGCACAAUGCGAAGUAAAGCUUCAAGAGGCGCUGGCCAAGCGCCAGCAUCGUCUUGAAUACGACGCACUUGCGCGCAAGAUUGUUGUAUACCCCCAACGCGAGCAGCUCGAAUCCACACUGGAAUCGCUGCAUGCGCGUAUCGCUGCAUUAAAAGAGGAAAAUGCGGCGCACGAGCAGGUCGAAGCCGACGCCAAGGCGCAGCUCGCGACGAUCGGCUCGGAGCUGCAAGUGCUGCACGAUGGCAUACAGUCGUCCCUACGGCAUGUACAAACCACAUCCCUGAACCCCAACGCGUCUGCGUUCGAGCCUGGAGAUGCACAGGGCACGAUGCAGGCAAAAGAGGAAACUUUUUUGUAG